AUGUCCUGUUUCAUCUACUUUCUAGUACAUGUAGUAAUGGCUAGGAAAAUAAAUGUUAAAGAUAAACCUGUUUUUAAAAUUACACAACCUAACCAAAGUCGAGUACUGCCACACUCAGUAUAACCAACACCUGUCCAUUCAGACUGUACAGUGGUACAGUGGUUUCAAGGAGGGCUGAUGAGCCGGGAUCACAACUCAUCUCACAAAACAUUUGUACAUUCAUCAGCCCUGUCACAGCUCCCUGCAGUCCAGCUGGGAUAUCGCACUCGUCUUGCAGUGGAGAUGCUAAGCAGAAGUAAAUCCAAUAUUUCAGAGCAGAAACUUGUAAACUAUAUGACCUAUCUGAAUUACAUAUUGGAAGAAUUGACUGGUCUGGAGUACCCUAAGAUUAUCUGGAUUACGUACUACUUCUUUUUGCUGUUAAUUCCAUUUAUAAUGCUGUUUGCAUUUCAUAUAAUUCUGUUUGGUGUUCUCUACUUUUCUAGUCUUCUCCUUAAUGUUUAUAAGAAGAAAAAUUACCUAAAUGGGGAUUAUUCUAGUAAAUUAUGGGACAAUGGAAAGCAAAUGGUGGUAUGCCUCUGGGAUUUAUAUGGAAAGUUAUGGCAUGGUUAUGAGCUUCAUGGUGUGGAAAAAAUCCCAGAAGGACCAGCGCUGAUUGUUUAUUACCAUGGAGCCACUCCUCUAGACUACUUGUACUUUAUAGCUAGAUUAUGUAACCAGAAGGGCAGACUCUGCCAUUCAGUAGCUGAUCACUUCACCUUUAAAAUACCAGGCAUUAAGCUGCUUUUAGAUCUUUUUGGCGUGAUGCAUGGUGGAAGAGAAGAAUGUGUUCAAAUUCUGAAAAAUGGCCACUUACUAGGUGUCUCACCCGGUGGUGUUCGAGAAGCAUUCUUUAGUGAUGAAAACUACAACCUCUUGUGGGGUAAUCGCAAAGGCUUUGCUCAGGUGGCUAUAGAUGCAAAAGUACCCAUCAUCCCUAUGUUCACACAGAAUCUUCGGGAAGGAUAUAGGACACUCGGAAAAAUAUGGUCAUUUAGAUGGCUUUAUGAAUAUUCUCGAUUGCCAGUAGUUCCUCUAUAUGGAGGGUUCCCAGUCAAAUUUCGCACAUAUAUUGGAGAUCCCAUACCAUAUGAUCCAAAUAUAACUGCUGCAGAACUAGCUGAAAAGGCAAAGACUGCAAUCCAAUCUCUAAGAGACAGGCACCAAAAAAGACCAGGAAAUAUACUAAGAGCUCUAUUGGAACGAUUUGAUAAACAUCAGAAAGAUUAUUAGAAUGUUUAAAUAUAUUGAAACAUUUACAACAUUGGGUGUAAAAGAUCUUUACAAUUGCAUGUGUUACUGUAAUUUGUGAUUUCUUUUAAGAGACAUUAUCCUUAAUUCUUCAGUAAUUAUUGCUAUGACUCACCUCAUGUGCUCUGGUCACAAACAGUAAAUUUCCUGUCAGCAGAAACAGGCUAAAAAAAGGCUCUUUUGAUGCUGAUUUCCCCAUGGAAAGUAGAUCACUUCCCACUAUAGUUUGUUUCCCCCCUUUCCUAAAGGCUUGUCUACUCGGAGCCUUUUUCGAUUAGCUCCACUUGUGUAUGCUCUAUUUUGGAAUAAAGGCCAUCCUUUGUUCCAGAAUAAUUUGUAUGCCACAUGCUAAAUAAAUGUGCUAAGCAGGCUAAACUUUAGCAAGAUAGUUUGAAACAGUACUUGGUUGGCUGGAACUCUUUUGUCAUAUUAUUCCAUUAUUACCGUUGUAAUGCCUUUUAUUGUGAUGUUGUAAUUUAUGUUGAAGAAAAUUUUCCUUACUGUGAAUUUCUAGUUUGUAAUGUAUUUGUCUUUGACUAAAUGUGAAUGGUUAGAAUUUAAGCAAUGAAAAACAAUAUGUUUAUGCAGAAAUGGCAAGAAUCUUAACUACAUACUCUGUGUGUGUUUCCAAUCAAAGGAAGUCGGGUACCUAUAUAAUGACAGAAAAUACAUUAGACAAAAAAUAUACAAUUAUCUUCUUGGUCUAUGGAGAUUUCACCUAAACAUGAAGGAAUGACAACUACCCUUACACUGACCUGUCAAAAUAGUUAUUAAAACCAGACUUUUAAUUUUAAUAUUAAUUUUUAAAAGUUAUCCACUACAAAGAAGACUGUCUUCUUAUAGCUCAGAUCUGCAUUCCUGUGUAUCUACCCAUGAGUGAAGGAGUUUGGGGUGGGAAAGAAGGAAGAUUACUGGCUCGAUGUUCCAUUUGUCAUGCAUUUAAGACAAAGAAAAUAGUUUACAGUGUUUCUUUCCAGUUUGUUAUCAAACUUAAAUGUGCAAAUCAUUUAUAACCUGCUUUUGUGCACAGAGAAUCUAAUUCUUGUUCAUUACAAAAUUUAAAUAUACUACAGAACAUCAAACUGUUCCUAAAAAAAGAAAGAUUAUCUGAAAACAUUUUGAAAUAAUUGUGUAUUUGUUCCUUUUUGCUUCUUUGCCUUAUAUACAAUUUGAAAGAGUUAAUUUUACCAAAACCAGUUUGGAUGUCUUGAAGAAUUGUUGUUUUUUUUACCCUAGAAAGCUAAUAAAAUAGCAAUUAUGAUUU